AUGUCAUGUAAAAGUGGUAAACCAAUACAAGAAGUGGCUCAGGAAGGUCCCGGACUUGUCUUUGUUGUUUAUCCGGAAGCGUUAGCAACAAUGCCAGGUGCAUCAGUAUUUUCCGUAAUUUUUUUCCUGAUGCUACUUACACUUGGAUUAGACAGCUCGUUUGGUGGUUCUGAAGCAAUAAUUACCGCAUUAGGCGAUGAAUUUCCACUGUUAAAUCGUCGGCGAGAAUAUUUUGUCGCCAUAUUGUUUGCUUUUUAUAUGUUCAUUGGAAUUGGUAUAUGUACUGAGUGUACCAUAAUUAGUUGUUUCGCUAAUUAUGAACCAUUGAAGUAUCAAGACUUUGUUUAUCCACAAAUGGCUAAUAUUAUUGGCAUAUUAUUUUCGCUCUCGACUAUAUCGGUAAUUUUCAUCGUCGGCAUUUAUAAGCUUUUUACCGCGAAGGGUGAUACGUUCUCUAUGAAAUUAAAAGCAGUUUUAAUGCCUCAUCGACAGAAUCACAUUGGCAGCAACGAAAUGACUGGAUCGAUGUCAAAUGAUGAAAUUAAUUUAUAA